AUGUCUUCAUAUGCCUUCUUUGUGCAAACCUGCCGGGAGGAACACAAGAAGAAGCACCCAGAUGCUUCUGUGAACUUCUCAGAAUUUUCUAAAAAAUGCUCAGAAAGGUGGAAGACAAUGUCUGCUAAAGAGAAAGGAAAAUUUGAGGACAUGGCAAAAGCUGAUAAGGUUCGUUAUGAGAGAGAAAUGAAAACCUACAUACCACCUAAGGGAGAAACAAAAAAGAAGUUUAAGGAUCCCAAUGCACAGAAGAGGCCUCCUUCGGCAUUUUUCUUAUUCUGUUCUGAGUAUCGUCCAAAAAUCAUAGGGGAGCAUCCUGGUCUUUCUAUUGGAGAUGUGGCAAAAAAAUUGGGAGAAAUGUGGAAUAAUACUGCUGCAGAUGACAAGAAACCUUAUGAAAAGAAAGCAGCUAAAUUGAAGGAAAAAUAUGAAAAGGAUAUUGCUGCAUACCGGGCUAAAGGAAAACCUGAUGUGGGAAUCUGUGAAUCAUAA